AUGUCCUCGUACUACACCCCCUCCUCAAUCCUAACCGACGCCCAAAAAACCCCCCUAACCUUCGACCUCCUCCUCCCCCACCUCUCCCCCCUCAACAACUCCACCCCCAUCACCCCCGGCACCCGUCUCGACCUGCCCCUCUGGCUAGCUGAAAUGCUCGCCGUCUCCAAACCCGCAGGUCCAGGGUCCGCUUCCCUCGCUACCUUAGAUAUGCCUGCCGCGUUGGGGGGGAAGGUGAUGAAUGCGUUGCGCGCGGAUCCGAAGAGUGUGGAUGUAAGGGCGCAGGCGCAGUGGUUUUAUGGGUUGGGGGAGAGGAUGUUGGAGUUGUUUGAGGAGGAGGAGGUUGUGGAGGUGUUGACUGAGACUUUCAAGGCGCGAGCUUUAGAGAUCGCAGACAAAGCGCAGAACACAAGGACAGUGCAGCAAGGAGAUGGGAGUAGUGACUUCAUGAACACGCUGGAUGAGGAUGAGCGGCAACGUAAGUAUUCCGAGCAGCCCACGAUGGCAGCAAUUCCGUAA